AUGUCCCUCCUCGAGCGGAACAUCAAGCUCGAGGUCGCCGUCUUCUCCGCCGGCUGCGCUCUCAAAGCCCAGCUGCUAGAUGCCCAGCGCGUGGAGCUCAGCGCCCCCGGCUCGUACCGCCGCGGGGGCCUCACACCACCUCUGGCUGAGGUCCUCGCCGUCAAGGGCGAGCUCAAGAUCCCGCUCCGUAUCAUGAUCCGUCCCGUCAGCAUCCCCGAUGCUCGGUACCCCGGGCGCAAGGAUGACUUCGUCUACACAGAUGACGAGUUCACCCGGAUGCUAUACGACAUCAUCGAGUUCAAGAACUGCGGCGCAAUGGACCUCAUGCGAGGAGACGGGUUCGUCUUCGGCAUCCUGAAGGAGAGGGAUGAAAAGCCAAAAGGAGGCGACGACGACGACGACGGCAUUGCCCCGGCCAAGGGCGCAAGGCUCGAGGUGGACAAGGAGCGCUGCUCGAUCCUCGUCGAGACAGCCCGGCCGUACCCCUGCGUCUUCCACCGCGCCUUCGACCCCAUCGCCCAGACGGACGAGUACUGGAAGCAGGGCCUCGACGACCUGCUCGAGUGUAAGUUUGACAGCCUCCUGACCUCCGGCGGCCCGGAAUCGCACACAGACUCCCAGAAACUGCGUAGCAUGAUCGAUCACGCCCUCCCGGAUCUCGAGAUCACCGUCGGGGGCGGCGUCCGGUCCACCAACACCGCUCAAUUGAUUACCGAACUUGGCGCCCACUGCACCAAGGACAUCUGGCUCCAUUCCUCGUGUCUCGUCCCCAAGGGGCCCUUCGAGGCGCAGAAGGAAGCCGUCGAUCCCGACCUGCUUAGAGAUCUUCUCGUGGUCAUCAAUCAAUUGCGGCAAAAGUAG